AUGUUGAAAUUGCUCAUUCUCUCAACUGUUCUUUUGAACUUUGCCGCUUGUCUUUAUAUGGAUGAAAACGUUGAAAAGCUUUGUGAAGCUGAGCAAGAGAGAUUCAGAUUCUGUAUCGGAACUUUCGCCAAUACAACCGAAGAUCUGGUUGAAGCACAAAAGAUACUGGUCGAGACCAGUUCCACGGUUUCUCCGUUAGGGUCACAAGGAAAUGGGAAAUUCAAGAAAUUUUUGAAAUGUAUUGGUGAUUUGGAAUGUAAGGGACAAUUGAAGCUGACCAAGUUUCAAUUAGACACGACGGAUUUCUAUACGGACCGAGUUUUAGAAGCCCAAGAGUGCAUUGAAGAUGAAGAAAUAUCUAAAUCACUUGGAAACUGCGUCGUCCCUUUCAAAGGGUUCCCGUUCCCAAAAGGAUUUUCGUCCACCGUGGUCCCAUGUGUCAAAAAGGUUCUGGAAGGUACUGACUGCAGCACUGAUCAAAAAGUGGGACUGGAGAGAGGAGCUCAUGCAAUGAGCGAUUUGUACGAUCACUUGGAUAAGGUCUUUGCGGAUAUUAGUUAUGCGACAAACUUUGAUUUGAACUUCGAUCCAAGAAAGUAUUGA